GUUUCAUCUCCUAUCUAUGAACACCAUCCAUUAGGACUCCUUAUCUCCUUCUUCUUCUUCUUCAUCAUCAGUAAACAUUCCUUCAUAUUCGAUCAAUCCAGCAAAAAACAGAGAACCCCUUUACACCAUGGCUGCCUCCACUCUUUCCCCUUCAACUCCUUCUCUGCUUCGUUCAAGCAGAAAUGGAAUAGUGGGUCCUUCAACAACAGGGGAAAUGUUAAAAUGUACAAGAAACAACUUACUGUCGGCCGCCGGAAAAGAGAAGAAGAUGAAUUCAAUUAGUUGUCAGGCAACCAGUAUUCCGGCCGACAGAGUGCCGGACAUGGAAAAGAGGAAGCUUUUGAAUUUGCUUCUUUUGGGAGCUCUUUCUCUUCCUUCUACUGCUAUGCUUGUUCCUUAUGCUACCUUCUUUGCUCCACCAGGUUCCGGGGGAGAUGGACUUGGAACGUUAGCAAAGGAUGCGAAUGGAAACGACGUUCUUGCUGCCCAAUGGAUCAAGACUCAUGGACCUGGUGACAGGACUCUAACACAGGGCUUGAAGGGAGAUCCGACAUACCUGGUGGUGGAGAACGACAGAACAUUAGCGACUUAUGGAAUAAAUGCGGUAUGCACUCAUCUUGGAUGCGUUGUUCCAUUUAACAAAGCCGAAAACAAGUUCCUAUGUCCUUGCCACGGUUCUCAGUACAACAACCAGGGACGUGUUGUUCGUGGCCCUGCCCCUCUCUCGUUGGCGCUGGCGCAUGCUGACGUGAAUGAAGAUGGAAAGGUUUUGUUUGUUCCUUGGGUUGAAACAGAUUUCAGGACUGGUGAAGCUCCUUGGUGGUCUUGAAAUUAAUUAUAAUUAAAAAUCCUGAACCAGAUUUUAUCAAAUGAUUUUCUAUAUUCUUCUUCAAAACAAGGGAUUGUAAACUAUUGUAACCUUGCUGAAAUCAUCCUCAUUGAAUUCCAAAAAUACUUGGUUCUUGUUAUUUUUAUUAUGUGUUAUAAUAAUAUAAUCGGUUCUUCUUA